AUGCAUUCAUUAGACAUAGCCCCGAGAGAGGACUACACAGUUGGAUGGGUCUGUGCUCUGCCCGUUGAGAUCGCAGCAGCUAGAGCGCUUCUGGACCAUGUUCAUGGUGAGCUUCCGGCGGAUCUGAGCGAGAAUGACCCCAAUAGCUAUGUGCUGGGAAAUAUACAGGGCCACAAUAUCGUGCUCGCACACCCGCCAUUCGACUCUUCCGGAACCACAUCCACCGCCGCGGCUGAUGCGCAGAUGCGUCUAAGGUUCAAAUCGAUUCGGUUCAGCCUUAUGGUAGGCAUUGGAGGAGGAGCACCAAGUGAGAAGAAUGAUAUUCGCCUUGGAGAUGUUGUUGUGAGUAAGCCAACAUCGACUCGGCCUGGCCUGAUCCAACUCGAUCUUGAGACCAAGUCCGCGGGCAAUUCGAAUACCGGCAAGGCUGCACUGAGCAAGCCAUCAACUUUGCUUCUCGCCGCCGCCGGCAAAGCUGAGACGAUUGCUAUCCUUGGGGAGAGUAUGAUUCCCUGUUACAUCGCCGAAAUUAUAAACAAGGAUGCCCUCACUUUUACGCGCCCCACGGCAAACAAGAAUGUCUUGUGCGACUCCCGUUGUGAGCGCACAAGCACCGAAUCCGCGAGCGGAGAGUGCAAUGAUUGCAACGCGAAUGAAACCUAUUACCGGUCACCACGGCAGACGCAAGUCAAUAAAGUCCAUUAUGGUCUAGUUGCUUCGAGCACCCGGCCGGUGUGCCAUGGCGCGACGCGAGACAGCCUAGCUCGUAAGCAUAGCAUCCUUUGUUUCGAGACUGAGGCUUAUGGCCUCAAUGGCACUGAUCAAUGCCUGAUUAUUCGGGGUAUCUGCGACUAUGCCGAUUCUCACCGUUGCAAUCAUUGGCAUGGAUAUGCAGCAGCAGCAUCAGCAGCAUAUGCCAAGGAGAUCCUGUUGCAGAUUACCGAGGCUCCGACACUAGUAUCUGUGGAGGCCGGCAUGCAUGCAGCGGCCGCAACUGUUCUAGAUGCUUUGCUCUUGACCAGACCUGAGGUCGACCGAAGCUCACUCAUUGCGCUGAAAGGGCGGAGGGCGGAAGGAACCUGCGAAUGGCUUGUACAGCACCCAAGCUAUCAAGAAUGGCUUUCAGGCGCAGAUCCACCGCUGCUUUGGAUCUCGGGUGGACCAGGAAAAGGCAAAACUAUGCUGGCAAUCUACAUCACGGAAGCGCUUCAACAAAACGUUGCCUUAUCUAAGGAUGUUCUACUUUACUACUUCUGUAGUAACCGCGACAGUAAUCGGAAUACGGCAGUGACCAUCAUGAGAGGCAUCAUUCAUCAAUGGCUCACUUUUCAUCCGCAGUUGGUACAGCACAUUAAAAAGUAUUUUGAAGGAUCUGAGACAACCAAGUAUACCCUUUCGACUUUUAGUUCACUGUGGAGAUUAUUCUUGAUUCUCAUGCAGCGAACUCCAUCUCGUCAGGUGGUAUGUGUGCUCGAUGGCCUAGAUGAAUGCGAAAGAGACACUCUAAGGCAACUUCUCGAUGCCAUAGGUGAGUCUAUUUCGAAGCAUGGGGAAGCGACAUCGGCACAUCUAAAAGUCAUCCUCCUCUCUCGCCCACGACCGGAACUUCUAGAAAGCAAACUCGGGCACUAUCGGCGGAUUAAACUUGACGAUGCGGAUGUAGAGAUUGCGCAAGAUGUUGAGAAGUACAUCUUUGCUAAAGUUGCGGAACUUGCAUCCGAACAAUCUCUUUCCGAGGACAUGCUGCUUCAAGUUCGACAAAAGUUGAUGGCUGGCGCCGAGGGAACAUUUCUGUGGGUGGGGUUUGUUGCAGAUGAGUUGAAAGGGAAGAGCUGGCACAAAAUCGUACAGAUUCUUCAAAGACUUCCCAAAGGCCUUGGCGGCAUUUACCAGCGGCUGUUACAGCAGGUCGAAGACAAAGAAAAGCUAGUUCCCGUCCUCGAAUGGAUCGUUCUCGCGGCGCGUCCUCUUACCGUCGAUGAGUUGACAGCCGCAACGAGGACCACAGCAUCAAAUGAUUUAACGUCGACCGAGGUGAUGAAGAGCCAACUAAAGUCAUGCGGACUGUUGGUGAAACUUGAAGGGGAGGUAGUGAAUCUGGUCCAUGAGUCGGCAAAGGAGUUCUUCCAGAGCGACCAAGUCAACGUGGAAGGAAUCAACAUGUUUUACAUGAACCACGCUACGCAUCAAAAGCUAAUGCGGGCCUGCCUGAAACUCAUCGAGGAGAGUUACACGUCUUUGGAUGGCGUUAGCGACAAAGCUGUUCGUACUGCCCUCUUACCGUAUGCUAGCGUGUACUGGCCAGAACAUUUCCGACAUGUGAAUGACAACUCUUCCGAGCUCUCCCGUCAGUUCUUCCAGGCUGAAUCUCUAGUUCGGAAGCAAUGGUGGGAGUUGUAUUGGGACCAGGAACAAUAUGGCGGAGCCCCUCCUUCGUUCACUCUCUUGCAUUUGGCUGCUUACUUUGGAGACAUAUCCUGGGCGAGAACCUUGAUUCACCAUUAUGGCUCCGACCGGACAUCUCUCACAAACCUUCUUUCGAGAAAGGAUAACUAUGGCCGGACGCCCCUUUUUUGGGCCGCUACCCAAGGCCACAAAGAUAUGGUGGAACUAUUGCUGGAUCAUGGCGCUCGAAUCAAUUCCAAGGAUCGAAGUAAAUUGACAGCACUCCAUAUCGCAAUCACUGGUGGGCACAAGGAUGUCGUUUCCGUGCUGCUAGACCGGUCCGCGUCGAUCGAGAGUAAAGCCAGUUACGGUGACACGCCGUUGAUCCGAGCCAUCCAGGCCAACUCUGAGGAGAUUAUUGAGCUUCUUCUCGAACAUGGUGCACGAGUUGAUGGACUGCCCAGCUCACCGGGAUUUCCCCCCCUAAAAGGGCCGAUGGAUCCAAUGGAAGAGCGUGUGAAACAAUUGCUGGGGCUUCAAGAGCAGCUCUUUGUCGCGAGAUACAAGAAUUCGUCGAGACUGGUUGGAUUCGGCAUCAGAACCCUGACACUUUCCUUUUACUUACCACCUCUUCUCAAAGUAGUGAGAUUCUAUCUGAGGUACUCCUGGAUCGGACGCUGGGAGGUAAUGCAUGUCUUGCAAGACCUCGUCAAGAAUGGCAAGACGGAUAGACUACGAAGAUGGGCCGAGGCAUUCAUCAAAUUCGGCACCCAUAUAGUUGAGACCGAGAACACUAAAAACUUGACGGUGAUGACGGCACUGUCUGUCCAGAUCUUCGAAGUGGUUUCUACUGCAGAUCUGAAGGCACUUCUAGUGAUCGGGGUCCUUGUAGGGUCAGCCGUCAUUCUGGCGGCGGCUCAGCGCGAAUGGAGAGAAGGUGUAGAUAUUUCCGCCAGGACAUUUGCACAAUUUGCUUCCAUGGCCUAUCACAGAGACGCCGGAGAAUCACUGCACUACGGGGUUCGUGAGUUCCUCGUCGACUUCGACCGCUGUAUUUGGAGCGCAAAAAGAGAUGAGACUGUGGCCCGAACGAUGGUUCUCUUUACCACGCACUUAGCCAUCCUCGAGACUCAAGAUGAGCUUCCGAUCCAGUAUUUUUCGACAGUCAUCGCUGAAUAUUUCGAAAAAUUUAUCGGCGGCGGCCAUGAAGAAAAACUAUUCAAUGAUGCGAACCAGGCGUGCGCCAAGGAGCUCAAGGCUAUCAGCAAAGGCUGCGAUUCUCACAGACUACUUCUUUUUCUGACUGCUAUCGUUCAAUUUGCGCAGCGCUCGAGGAACAAGGGAAAGGAUCGAUUCCUGAACUUGCCUCCCGCAUCGUGCCUGAUCCUUUGUCAAGGUGAACCAAAUGCCCAUCGCUGGCUGAUUGCCGAGGCAGUCCCGGAAACAAUGGGUAAGUUGCUAUCAGAACAAGACUCAGGACCCAUCAGACAACGGAUCUUUCAAUCGCUCGUUGAGUGCCUUGUUGUUGGAAAGCAAUAUGGCUUGACAAUGCCUGUCGCACAGCGCGAGAAGGUGAAGCAAUAUCUUGGCGUGAUGGGCGGGGCAGAUGCAAUGCUCAAACAAUUCCUCAUGUCAGAGCUCUCUGAGAGCCAUGAAUUGCUUCACGCAGUGUGA